GUCCGAAUCUACUGCCAAGGGGUGGAAUUACCAUCGAGUCCCAUCUCUUUACAAGUGUUGUCAGCGCAGGAGUCGAGAGCAGCAUCGCGAGCAUAUUCGAGUUCAUCUCGCGACGACGUCGAACCGAUCAGCGACGACAACGACGGCCAGAAGUCUGAUUCGGGCGGUUCGGACGUUGACAUCUCACACAAGUCGUUCGCGAAACGGCGGCUUCACAUCAUCAAACAACUCGAGAGUCAAAAUAGCACGGCUAACAAAAAAGGCGUAAGUGGGCAGCAACACAGAGAAGUGCGCUCAAAGGAAGGCAGUGGAGGUGAAAAGAGAGCAUUAUCUGACGCGUCAGCGCAUGAGGAGAUGUCGCUACGAUCGUCCGACAUCGGUCUAGUGUCGUUCUCUGGCCUUAGUGAACCGUGUAGUGUCGGUUCUAUUGUGGAAGUCGUGAUUAAUGCCCAUGGCGAUUGCGCGGCUGGAUCCGUGCAGGUGGACGCUGUGUCACCAAAUGGGCGAGCUCAACCGUGUAGUGUGUCGAAACGUGCAAACUCAUACACGGCUAGUUUCACACCUCAGCAAGUUGGAGUAUGGAAAAUUGGCAUACUGUACGAAGGGGAACACAUUCGCGGGAGCCCGUUCUCAUGUCAGGUGUUCGAUGCGGGAUUGGUGCAGGUCUACGGUCUAGAUGUCGGCCUAGUUGGGCAAGAGUUGAAAUUUAAUGUCAAUGCCUCGGAGGCUGGUAGCGGGAACUUGGAGGUGAGGCAUUUUAUUGAUCGAGAUGUUCCCUUGUUCUCAUUUGCUUUGAAAAUUCUUUGCUGCUCUCGAUCAUUGUGGUUUGCUUAUUCAUGA